AUGAAGGAGAUUGAGGUGGUUUUUUUGAGAUUUGAAAAUUUAGUAACUUAUAUUCUUUCCGAGUUUUUGAAAUUGUUUUAGGUGUUUUUUUGAAAACGUUUUCAAAAGGAUUUAUGCCGUGUUCAAAUUGAUUCAAACGGAAUGCAAAAUUGUCUCUGAAUCACCAAAAUUUAGUUAUAUUUUUCAUUCUCUGACGAUUAUUUUAAAUUUCGCGCAAUAAAUUUGAACACCGCUUCAAUUUGAAAGUUAGAAAUAAUUUUUGACGCAUGAUUUUAAGGCUGCUCCAACUAAUAUCAAGCCACUUUUAAAGCUUUCUUUUAUUUGGAUAAUUUUUUGAGCUUUUCAAACCGAUUCUCUGAAAACCUGUAAACUCCAAAAGCACCUUAAAUUUUCGAAGGUUCUGUACGAUCUGAACAAACUUCUUCAAAUUCCAGAUGCGGAUCCACCCGAACCCGUCGCACUCGGACUACGUCUCCUACAUCAAAAGGGACGUCCUUUUCCCGCAAAUCCUGCCCCGCGACAUGAUCAUCGUCUACGUGGAGAUCGACGUCGCUGUCGAGACGAUCACCACGAACGCCGAGCCCAACGUUGUCAGAAUUUAAAUAUUUUCUUCUGUAGGGUCAGGAAAAGGUCACAUGCGCGAAAAUGCAAAAGCCCCUUAUAGUCUGAUCAGAUUUUGAAUGUCUUCGUAGAAUGAUGUUAUUCAAAUCGCUCUCUGAUUGGUUUAUCGCGCCAUUAAGGGCGGAGCUUGAGCUACGGCUUGAUUUACAAUUUCUAAAUAGAUACAUCAGUUCAAAGUGAAUGGUGAACUUGUUGAGAACAGAAUCUAACUCUCCAAGUUCUGAAUACUGUCUGAGAAACUGCGCGCUGAAAUUCCAAUAAAAAAAGCUUAUUUCGAAAAUCCGUUCUCUUUCUGAGAAUUCUCCUUUUUUUUGGGUUUGAUUUUCGUCAUUUUAUUUCUUGCUGCUGUUAUUCCCAAGCUUGAAGAAAAUUUAAUUUAUUCUAUGUCUUGUUCAAAACUAUUCUGUCCGUUUCGAAAUCCAGCUUUUCGUUUGAAGUUAUUACAAAAAAUGCCGAAUUGGGAGCACUAAAAAGGUAUUUUAUCGAGAAAGCGCGAAAUUCAAAAUUUCGGAGAGAAUUUUACGUUUUGUCUCGAAAAUACGCCGAAAUUAGAGUCGGUUCAAGGUUUGGAUGUCAAGUACAAUGACGUCAUUCGAAAACGCUCUGUGGAUGGAUCGCGCCAUCAGGGGCGGAGCUUGAGCGACGGCUUGACAUUUAAUUUCUGAACAGGCUCUCCUUUGGAAACAGUGUUAACGUCAAACUUGUAUCUUAUAUUUUCUGUCUAUAACAAUGAUUUCACAAUCUUUUCUUCGUUGUUUAUUUCAAAAAUGGAUUUUUAUUUCAGUUCGAUCCAAUCAACUGUGAGCAGCAGCUGGUCGACGACUAUCAAAGGUUAUUCCGGGAAGAACUCCUCACCGACUUCACCAUCGAGGUCGGAGGCAAGGAGCUCCGAGUACACAAAGCCGUCCUCGCCGCGCGGUAAUUUUUAGCGGUCUAUUUGAUUUUUUUGGAUGAUUUUUCAGAAUUUUGUAGAAAAAAAUCCGUAAAAAAAUGUUUCGAUUAUAUUCAUCGCUAAUUUUCUUUUUUUUUUCAAAAACUUAUUUUUCAGAUCACCCGUUUUCCUCGCGAUGUUGUCCCACACGGACACAAAUGAGGCAAAAACGGUUCGUUUCAAGAUUUUUCGAUGAAUUAUCUGUAUGAAAGACCAAAUCAUUCUUCGCGAAAGAAAGUUCCGGGCUUUAUUGUCAAGCGCGAUGGCGUCAUUUAAAAUUCCUCUCUAGAGUGCUCUCUCUCUCUGAUUGGCUGAUUGUGACAUUAGGGGCGGAGCUUAAGCGGGGACGUGAAAUUCGAAAUCUGAAAAGCCUAUAUCUUAUGCAGAAAAACCAGGAUAAUGAGUGGAGCACAAGGAACUAAAUCCGUCUUCGUGGCUACAGUAUCUUUCGCGUCGAUUUUUUGUCACGGGAGACUAUGAUUCUUCAAUAGAACGAUGUUUUCCGAUGUUUUUUGAUCAAACGGACUGAAAAAAUGUCAAAGAAUGCAGCAUUAUUGAAAGAUCAUCGACGCGAAAAAUAAGGGGUUCACAAAAGGCGGAGUUAUCUGUUUGACGUUCAUAAUCUGACAGUUUCGGCAGGCUCCAACGUUAUUGAUCAAAGUUUGCAUUGGUUUCUCAUGAUUAUAAGGAGAGUUUCAGGGUGUGCUGACGAUCUCGGACAUGGACUACGACGUGGCCCACGAAAUGGUCUCCUACAUCUACUGUGGAAAGACCUCCAAGGACAUUUCCGAGAUUGCCACAGACCUGCUGAUCGCGGCCGACAAGUACCGACUCGAAGAGCUCAAAAGCCACUGUGAGAAGUACCUGGCCGAGAACUUGGCCCCGGAAAACGCCUGCACUCUUCUCAUUCUGGGCGACGUCUACGGGGCUCCACGGCUACGGGCUCGUGCAGUCCAUGUCAGUGCUAGAAAAUUUCAUAAAUGAAUAAGAUUUGGAAGGAAACGUCAUAACUUCUCCCUUCUUUCAAAUUCUUACGGGGAAGCGCGAUAAGGUUAGAAGGAGGGCUUUACUUUCAAAACUUUGUAAAUGAAUUAAAUAAUUUUUAACUUCAUGGCGGUAGUGUUUACCAGAUUUAAAUCACAGGAUUUUUAAGAAUCGCAAAAAAAAAUCAUUUAAAGUUUUUUUUUGAUAAGUUCUUUUGAGCUUUUCAACGGAGAUUAGAUAGAUAUUCCAAUAUCUCAAGGGAAAAGACGUUUUCAAACAAUUUGAGAUAAUGUUUUUGAACAAAAGUUAUUCAGAUGCCAUGUUCAAACCUAUUCCGCGAAACAGUCAGAGAGUGUAAAAGUUGACUGAAUUCUGGAAAGAUAACUUUCAUUUUGCGAAAAUGACUUUGAACAAGGCAGACGAUUUUUAAGAUCAUGGAUAGAUCAAAUUUAAGUUUUCACGUUGCUUAGUCUUUUUUUUAAGUUCAUCCUGCGACAUCCGAAGCAGAUCACCUCGACGUCAGGCUGGGAGGAAAUGCUGAAGCGACAUCCGACGCUGGUCACCGACGUCGUCAACCAGUUCGACAAGACGUCAGGCAUCGCCGCCGGGAUCUCCGUCACUGCUGGAGGACCUCCGUUAGAAGUGCCUGGCGGUCCGGCUUCCGUUCCGGCCGUCGUCCCGCCGCCGGCUGGUCUCUGA